AUGGGUGGACUUGGCAAAACAACACUUGCCAAGCAGGUCUUCAAUGAUAACAGGGUAUGCAAACAUUUUGACUUGACAAUUUGGGUUUGUGUUUCUGAUGAUUUCAACACCAUGACAAUACUACAAUCCAUCAUAGAAUGCAUCACCGGACAAAAUCCCAAUCUCGAUAGUUUAGAAGCAAUGCGGAAAAAGGUUGCAGAAGUGUUGCGUGGGAUGAGGUAUUUACUUGUUCUUGAUGAUGUGUGGAAUGAAGACCAAGAGAAAUGGAAGCAGUUGAUGGGAAAGUUGCAGUGCGCAAGGGCAGCAAAAGGAGCUACCAUUUUGGUCACCACUCGACUCGAGGAAGUUGCUUCGACCAUGCAGACGCAUCCUGCUUACCAUUUGAAAGAAUUGUCAGGAGAUGAUAGUUGGUCAUUGUUCAAACACAAUGCGUUUGGACCAAACAGAGAAGAAAUGGAAGAACUAGUGUCAAUUGGCAAAGAGAUAGUGACAAAAUGCGUUGGUUCGCCGCUUGCAAUCAAAACAUUGGGAAGCCUAUUACGUGAUGAAAGCGACGUAAAACAAUGGCAGAAUGUAAGGGAAAGUGAGAUUUGGGAUAUACGGGAGGAAAGUAGUUCUGCGACAGGUGAGGAAAAUUCUAUCAUGCGUGCUUUGAAAUUAAGCUAUUUUAAUUUGGACUUGUCAUUGCGGAGAUGCUUUUCUUUUUGUGCAAUUUUCCCCAAAGAUUUUGAAAUAGACAAGGAAGAACUUAUUCAUCUCUGGAUGGCUAAUGGAUUUAUUAAAUGUGAAGGAAAUAUAGAAGUGGAGGAUGUUGGAAAUAAAGUGUGGAAAAAAUUAUACAGUAGAUCAUUUUUUCAAGAAGCUAAGUAUGAUGAAUUUGGUAUGAUCAGAAAUUUCAAGAUCCAUGAUCUAUUUCAUGAUCUUGCCCAGUCUAUUAUGGGUGAGGAAUGUGUGGUUAUUGUGAAAGGAAGAUUGACUCCAUUGCCAACUAGAGUUCACUAUGCAAGCUUGCUCAAUUCUAGUGUGUCUGAUGAUAUGACUGCUUUCAAGCAAAGAACGACGACUGCUUUGAAGAAGGUUGAAUCCCUGCAGACUUUUCUUGAUUUUGGUCGUAUUGGCCCGGUGCCAUCAAAUCAUUGUCUCCGAGCAUUGCGAACAAGCUCUUCUUUGUUGUCCCCACUCAGGGAUUUAACACAUUUGAGAUACUUAGUUUGA